AUGACGCUGCGGAUUCCCGAGGUGCGCGAGGAGGCCGAGUUCGCGGACGACGCGGCGGCCCUGAACUACACGUUCCACGGCAUCACGGGCGUCGCGGACUUGCACGCCCAGGGCAUCCUUGGAAAGGGCGCAGUGGUGGCAAUCGUGGACAGUGGUGUCGAGUGGACGCACGAGGCGCUUGGUGGUGGCAUCGGCGAGGGUUUCACGGUGGCGGGCGGGUACGAUCUCGUUGGCGAUGGAGACUGGCCCACGACUGCUGCAGAGCCUGACGACCUUCCCAACGACCAGUUUGGCCAUGGGACGCAUGUUGCCGGCAUCGUGGCGGGCAAGAGCAAGCAGUUUGUCGGCGUCGCGCCGGAGGCCAGGAUCCUCGCGUACAAAGUCAUUGGCGAGAGCGGCCAGAGCAACGAGGAGAUGGUCAUCGAGGGGUUCCUGCGGGCGUUUGAUUCCGGGGCGGACAUCAUCACGGCUUCGGUGGGUGAGAAGGGCGGGUUCACCAACAACGCGUGGGCGGUUGUCGCCUCGCGGAUGGUUGAUCGAGGUGUCUUCGUUACCAUUGCGGGCGGCAACGACGGCGAGGAGGGCGCGUUCCUCAUGUCCAACGGCGCGGCCGGGCAGCACGUCAUGACGGUGGCCGCCUCGGCGCCGGACGUAGUACCUGCGUACCCCUUCACCGCAGCUUUUCUGUCUGCGUCUUCCGAGAAUAAGACCGAGGAGCUUGGGUACAGCCCUGCACCAGGGCAAAACGGUCCGGACCUGUUCCCAAGCAGCAUCGCCGGGUGGCCGGUGGUUCCACUCAGUCUCGACCCCGGGUCCGGUGACGCGUGCCAGCCCAUCGCAACCCCGCCGGUGCUCCCGUCACAGUCCAUUCUCCUCGUCCGUGCCGGCGGAUGCAGCCUGUACCAGAAACGAAACAAUAUCGCGCCCCUCAACGCCACAUAUGUCCUCCUCUACCAGGACGGCCAGAGCCCGUUCAUGGCAGUGCCCGCCAACAGUGCCGGUGCCCCCAAGAUCGCCACCAUCGACGCAAAGGCCGGCGAGGCCAUCAUCCACACCAUUGUCGAGGGGGGAAAUGUCACUGUCAGUUUCGAUCAGCCCAGUACGCGCUGGGUCGGCAUGUACGACGCUGCUAGCGGUCGCCCGGCCGAGUUCACCCAGUGGGGUCCCAACUACGACAUGGAGCUCAAGCCAGACAUUGCUGCGCCCGGAGCUCGCGUGCUGAGCAGCUACCUGGGUGGCGGAUACAAGGUCCUCAGCGGGACGAGUAUGGCGACGCCAUACGUCGCGGGCGUUGCGGCGCUGUGGGUGGGCCAGCACGGCGGCAGAAAGAGCGGCAACGUGGACUGGGCAAAGCAGCUUGCGGCGCGGAUCAUGUCGACUGCCCACCCGGGACACUGGGUCGACGGGCUGUCUUAUGAUGUCGUGGACGAAUUCCUCGCGCCGCCGGUGCAGAUGGGCGCCGGCAACAUCCACGCGGGCCGCCUCUUCGCAGCCACCACGUCGCUCGACUUUGCCGGCCGCAAGUUUGCCCUCAACGACACGGCCAACUUCCAGGCAACACACUCUGUCCAGCUCACAAACUCGGGCAGCGCAGCUGAGACGUAUACAUUCUCUCUCGAGCCUGCCGCCGCGUUCGACUCGUGGACCCCUGGCACGGGCGAUCCCACCCAGCCCGACUUUGGCAAGAACACCUUCAAGGGAUACUACGACUUCAAACCACAGACCCUGGAUCCAGAGGCGAUUCUGCCUCCACCCUUGACCAUCGCUGCUGGCCAGACAGCGUCCGCCGAAUUCACCUUCUCGCCCCCGACGGCCGGCAACGCGAGCAACAUUCCGCUCUACGGCGGACGCGUCGUCAUCACCGCGACCAGCACCAACCAGACCUUUGGCAUCCCGUACUUUGGCGCAGCGGCGGACAUCAAGUCCGUCGUGCCGGGCUGCUUCGCGUACGCGGCGGGGAUGCCCAGUAUGGUCUCCGGCGCCGACGGGGACGGCGGCACCCCAAUCAGCGUCAAGAGCAACUUCACGUUCGACCUGGCGCGCAACUUGCAGGACUUUCCGAUGCUCGUGGUCUCCUCGACGUACGGCGCCGCCGAGAUCCGGCUCGACCUGUACGACGCCGAGAUGUAUCCCGACAUGGCGACAGACGUGGACUGGGAGUACCCUCCCGUGCCGGGCAGGAGGGGGUAUGUCGGGUCCGCGACGUACUGGGCGCGCUCGAAGGAGUCGUCGUACUUUGACCCGUCAAGGGACGAUGAGAACGACGUGCUGCCGUUUCCAGUUCUCAUGCUGCCCAGGGAUAUGUACAAGCAGUACAUGUGGCUGGGUCGGUUGGCCGACGGGACCAAGAUCCAGCCGGGGAAGUACCGCAUGCGGGUGGCAGCGCUGCGGCCGUUUGGGAUGAGGGACGUUGCGGCGGACUGGGAUGUAUGGAAAGCUCCCGUGAUCGAGGUGCUGCCCUUGGAGUAG